AUGCCUCCACCCCCCCUGCGCAUCGCAAUCCUCGAAUGCGACACCCCCCUCCAAAACACCAAUUCCAAAUACGGCGGAUACGGCGGGGUAUUCACCUCGCUCCUCCACCGGGGAGCCUCAUCCCUCUCUCCUCCGCUCGCAGAAUCCGCUCUGCAGAUCACCAAAUACGAUGUCGUAACCGCGCAGGAAUAUCCCCCUCUCUCUUCUAUCGACGCAAUUCUCAUUAGCGGAAGUCGCCAUACGUCUUUUGAUUCCGAUGCGUGGAUAGUGAAAUUGGUGGAGUUUGUAAAGGGGGUUUUGGCACAGGAGAGAGUGCGGCUUGUGGGAGUGUGUUUUGGACAUCAGAUUAUUGGGAGGGCGUUGGGGGUGAAGGUGGAUCGGAGUGAUCGGGGGUGGGAGGUGAGUGUUACGCCGGUGGAAUUGACAGGGAGGGGGAAGGAGAUUUUUGGGUUGGAGAAAUUGAAUAUAUUCCAAAUGCACAAAGACAUCAUCUACGAAUAUCCUUCCGAAGUCGAACAGUUAGCAUACACAGAUAAAUGCGCCACGCAGGGAAUGUACAUUAGCAAAAAACUCAUCACGGUCCAAGGACAUCCCGAAUUUACAGAGGAGAUAGUGAGGGAGUUGUUGGAGGCACGACAUGCAUCGGGGGUUUUUGACGAUGAGACUUAUAGGGAUGCGGUGGGGAGAGUGGACAAGGAGCACGAUGGUGUGAAAGUAGCGCAGGCAUUUUUGAAAUUUAUCAUGGAGGAUUAG